AUGCUGGUGAGUUCUAGACGUUCUUCAGUGUUCGAUGGACUACCGAAUCUAUAUCUAUACGAACUUUAUUAUUAUCUCGCACCAAGUACAGUCCGCGGGCUGUGGGCUGAGUUUCAACUUGAAUCAGCUCUUGAUGAUCAUCGGAUCCAUAGUAAUCCUCGUACUACUCUUCCUGGUGAUUAUAGUGAUCGCGCUGGCCUUCGUGACCCUCCUGGUUGUGAUGAACUGGAUGUGCAAAUACUACUGCUGUACGUGAAGAUGAACAACUUAUACGUGUCUCUGGGCCAGAUAUUACUUAUAGUGGGCAGUCUGGUGGUUCUGGGCUUAUUAUUUACAGUGGUCCGCAGCAUCAUGGACGAAAAGACGUGA